AGCAUCCUUAUUCAGGCGUACAGCGAAGAAAAGUGUAUGUACAACCCGCAGGACCCGCUAUAUCAUAAUAAGGUACGUCGGCAUCGUUUAUUUCUGAAAUGCCAGGAAAGAGAAACUGGCAGUGAUAGGCAGUAAAGUUCGCGCACUUUUGCCCAACGCAACAGAUGAGGACUGCAAAACUCGAUUCAUGUCUCUGCUGUCGCACUUUUGUGGGGAGCUUAAAAAAAUUAGAGCCAGUGAGCAUAGUGGUGCAGGGGCAAGCGAAGUUUACGAGCCUGCUGUGUGGUGGUUCAAUGCUUUGAAGUUUUUGAAGGACUACGUGACACCGAGGAAAACAGUGACAAAUAUCCCAAGCCGUAUCAUACCACAGUCACUCUCAUCAAAUCCAUGUAGCACGACCACUGUCAAUGACCCUUGUAAUACUGAGGUGACCACAGUUACUGAAGAGACCAUAGUAAAUGAGGGAUAUAUUGAAGAUGACAACAGCAAUUACUCUCAAGACAUAUUUACUGUGGAAUUGUCAGAGGGAAGUACACCUGCGUCAACACCAUCACCUCUAAGUGAGCAGCCUUAUGCUUCAGCCAGAAAGAGGCGUAGGAAGGACACUGAGGAUGAAUUAGCCACCUCAACAUUGACAGUCUUAAGAGACAUUAGAGUUUCAAUUAGUGGCAGUAAUGAAGAUGACAAGUUUGGUCAGUAUGUUGCUGCUGAAUUGAAGAAAUUAAAAAAUCCAGCAAUUAAGGCUGACGUGAAAUUAAAUGUCAUGAAAUGUAUCAUGGAUGGCAUACAUAAAGAAAUCUGUAACUGA